AGAUUCUAUCUCAUUCAGAAAGCAGUGUUUGACACACAUUUGCUUGCUAUGCUAUCUACUGCGAUUUUUGAGUUGAUAUAACCCAUGAAUUUUGGAAAUAAUUGCUUCAACUAUAUCCGGGAGGACUUCCCCCAACAUCAAGGUGUACAGAAAAUCUUCACCAACCUGGAAGAGAGCACUUCUUUUCGUGGCUUGGCCCCUACCACUGGUUCUGGGGUCAUCACCCAGCCAGGAGUUUGGCCUGAGUACCAUGGAUAUCAGCCCCAGCAACACUCUGGGCUACUGGGCAGUGCCACUGCACUGCCACAACCCCUGCCUGUACCUGAGAUCCAGGUCCUCCAUCCCGUCCAGCCUCAGGGAUUCCAUGGGGGAGUGACUUUCCAGGGUAGAGCUGUUCCCUUUGAUCGCCAGCUGCAAGGCUCCAUGGCGUUUGUGGAGGCCUCCCACCAACAGCUGCAAGCGUACCUUGUGACUAUGGAUGGUACAGACCUACACUACCGUGCCUCUAUGGCCUUCACAGCUCCACAAAUGCAAGCUCCCGUCAUGCGGGUGGUUUCCAAUGGACAGCAGCUUGGCGGCUCUGGGCAUGGUACCCCUGUGCCAGUGUAUUCAGCAGGCCUGCAGCAUGACAAUGCUGUUGCUUUGAAUUCUCAAGUGGCACCUUUCAUGGCAGUAAAUACCACGCACCUUCAGCAUGUGGCUCCCAUACCCCAAGAGUCAAGCGCCCCAAUGCAGAUUGCUUGCAACCCACAGCUGGCUGCUGGACCUAGCCGCUCCAACCCAACCAGGCCUGCACCGGUGGUGAAGCCUCCACCCCACCAGUGCCAGCAGGAUCCCAAGGCUUCUUCCUCCAACAUGCCUGGAUCUGCAUCACACACUCAAAACAGUGGCACACCUGCUUCCUCAAGGUCAGUGGCAACUAAAACCACUGCGGCUGACAAGCCCAAGAAGACCUGGGAUGAGGACCGGCGAGCCAUGCUUGAGUGCCCUGUGCCCAGCAGCACCUGCUCACAGGAGAGCCUGGCGGCUAAGAAAGAAUCAAAGAAAAGGCAGGCAGAAGGUGCCAAGCAGAAGCACAAGGGUCCCUCCACCAACACCCAGCAACCAAAUACCGCCCUCACCAAGAUCACCAAAGACCAGGCACCUAAAAAGGCCAGAUGUGAGAUCAACAAAGAUGAGGAAGCUAAGACAUCCCCCACCGGGGUGGGCAAGGCCAACACUGUCCUGCCCAAGGAGUCCAAGGAGGCUGAGAAGAACAAAGACAAGAAAAGAAAGCUUCAACCUGACGCAGAUGAGAUAAACAAGAGGAAGGAGAAACGCUGUAAGAAAGCAAAGCAGGAUGAUGUUUCACAAACAUCUCAGUUUGCUGCUCGUGCCUCAACAAGUUCCGGGACAAAGCAGCUGGCAAACAUGCCCUUCGCUAGUCGUUUCAAAGUUCCCAAGAAGCCAAAUCACAGUGCACCAAAUGCUGGAAAGGUGGCCCGCCCUGCACCCAGCCAGCAGCGCAAGCCUACCCAGCUUCUGUAUGACGCAAGUUUCAUCGAGGCCUGUACACCUCCACGCCCUCAACAGCGUCCCCGUCACCACGGUCAGCACCACCAGAGUCGUUCACAGCUGAGCCGCCCACAGCACGCUGCCAGCAGCGCCAGCACCAGCCGUACGUGUGGCCAUGUGAAGACAACUGUGUGAUGUGGAGAAGUUUGAGGAGUGCAAGUAGGGAGGCAGGGAUGAACGGGACCAUAAACCUUUAGUCUACAGUCUUGCCCCUGUUAUAUCAGAUUAUUCUUUUACAUUUGGCCCAUCUGUUUUAUUCUACCGAUGAUUAGUACUAUGUUUGGCUGGUAUUUGUUAUCACUAAAGAAAUUGUUAAAUUUAAAUCAAAUACAUU